AUGGAUACUCUGAGCCUGUCAGUGAACGCUGUGUCCCACACCGUGGCCACGGAGCUCCCCGCCGCCGACGACCCCUUCAAUGCACCCAUCAAGAACAUCGCGCCAUGGAACUUCGUUAUCCUGGCGGUGCUCAUGUUCGUGGUCACCUCGCUGUCCCUGAGCGAGAACUUCCUCGUCAUGUUCGUCACUUUCAAGUACAAGCAGCUCCGGCAGCCCCUGAACUACAUCAUAGUGAACCUGGCCAUCGCUGACUUUCUGGUCUCCCUCACCGGUGGAGUAAUAAGUUUCCUGACGAACUCCAGGGGUUAUUUCUUCCUUGGGAAGUGGGCUUGCAUCCUGGAGGGGUUUGCUGUGACUUUCUUCGGGAUCGUUGCCCUGUGGUCUCUGGCCGUUCUGUCCUUUGAGCGGUUUUUCGUGAUCUGCCGCCCCCUGGGGAACAUCCGGCUGCAAGCGAAGCACGCCAUCCUGGGUCUGCUGUUCGUCUGGACCUUCUCCUUCAUCUGGACCUUCCCUCCUGUGCUGGGCUGGAACAGAUACACCCUGAGCAAGAUUGGAACAACCUGUGAGCCAGACUGGUAUUCCAGCAGCAUGACGGCUCACAGCUACAUCAUCACUUUCUUCACCACCUGUUUCAUUUUCCCUCUCGGAGUGAUAUUCUUCUGCUACGGGAAACUCCUCCGCAAGCUCAGGAAGGUGUCUCAUGGUCGUCUGGCCACCGCUAAGAAGCCGGAGCGACAGGUGACCCGUAUGGUGGUGGUGAUGAUCGUUGCAUUCAUGGUGGGCUGGACGCCGUACGCAGCCUUCGCCCUCCUGGUCACCAUUCAUCCGACCAUCCAAAUCGAUCCCAGGCUGGCCUCUGUCCCCGCCUUCUUUUCCAAGACAGCUGCUGUCUACAACCCAAUCAUCUACGUCUACAUGAACAAACAGUUCCGGAAGUGCCUGAUCCAGCUCUUCACCGGCAUGGGGACCAUUCCCGACAGCAACAUAAACCAGACCUCGGAGCGACCAGGAAUUACCGCAGAGAGUCAAACAGGAGAAAUGUCAGCAAUAGCAGCCCGCAUCCCUUUGAGCGGCAAUGCAUCACCCAGGUCUGACGAUUCCCCGACCGACUGCGGCUCGUUUGCCCAGCUGCCCAUCCCAGAGAACAAAGUGUGUCCCAUGUAA